AUGAGCAACCCGACAAAGUUUUCCUACGGCUUGAAACUGUCGAAGAAUGCGGGAAAGGCAAAACCAAACGGCCUGCCAAAACGGAAGGCCAUUUUUGGCGGUGCUGACGAUGGAUCGGACGACGACGCGACUUCUGGUGGUAAAGGGCAAGACGGACCGGUUGAGGUGAAGAUCAGUGAGCUUGGUGACGACUUUCUGUCCUUUCCAGCACCUUCGUCCGACAAGGGCGAAGAGAGGAAGCGGUCAGCCGCAGGAGGUACAGGGCCACGCAGGAAAAACAACCCGCUGCAACCACCAAUACAGCCGCUGUCGAGCAAGCAAAAGUCGAGCUCAGCCCGGUUCGACGGCGAUCUGGCGACCACUCUGACGGCACGCAAGUAUGCCGACGAAGCAGAAGCGCUCGAUCCAUCCGUGUACGACUACGACGCCUCCUACGACGCGUUCAAGGCGGUCUCGAAGAAAAAGGCGAUUGGCGAGGGCGGCGAUGGAGCCGAUGGCGACGGAGGCCGGAAGCCGCAGUACAUGAGCAACGUGCGCAAGAUGGCCGAGCUGCGCGAGCGAGACCGGCGCAUGGCCGAGGACAAGAAGAUGCAGCGGGAGCGCGAGGCUGAGGGCGACGAAUUUGUCGACAAGGAGAAGUUUGUCACGGAGGCGUACAAGCAGCAACAGGAGGAGAACCGCCGACUGGAAGAGGAGGAACGUCGACGCGAGGAAGAGGAGGAGCGCAAGGCGGCCGCCCGCGGCGGCGGCAUGACGGGCUUCUACAAGCAGCUGCUCGACCGAGACGAGCAGCAGCAGGCCGCGAUACAGGAGGCGCUCAAGCAGGGGCCGGCCAAGCAGGCAGAACAGGCAGAACAGGCAGAACAGGCAGAACAGGCAGAACAGGCCGAGGCGGACAGAGAAGACGAUCUGGAGAGUGCCAGCAUGGCCAAGGCGCGCGCGAUCAAUGCGCGUGGCGGCGACAUUGCCGUCAACGACGAGGGCGAGGUCGUCGACAAGCGGCAGCUGCUGCGGGGGGGCCUGAACGUCAGCAGCCGCAAACGUGCUGAGAUGCAGCGGGAGCGGGAGCGGAGCAGCCGAAACGACAACGACCGCGACCGCAACCAAGGAAGCGGUGGUGGCCGCGGCCAGGCCAUUUUUGCCGGCAGCAAGCAGGCGAUGCGCGAUCGGCAGUCACGCAUGCUGGAGGCGCAGUACGAGCAGGCGCUCAAGAGGACGCGCGACGAGGAGGAAGAGCAGGUCAAGGCAGUCGAGGAGGCAGCCAAGACGCGCAAGACAGCAGCCGACAUCUCGAGCGCCAAGGAACGAUACCUGGCGCGAAAGCGGGCCGAGGCAGAAGCCAAGAAGCUGGAGCAGGCCGGGGACCUCUAA